AUGAGCGGAUUGGAAGCGCUCCUUCCCCAGGCAGGUAAAGACGCGCACGCGGUGUUGGAGGAAGAUCAGCAGCGCCCUGUUGAGUUGCAGACCUAUGCCAUCGCACAUGCGGCUGUACGCGCCGUAGGAUGGGCCACGUGUCUCCCGUCGCUAACAGCAGUAGCGACGCGUGCUGUGCAUAUCCUCCAGACGCUUGACACGUCGUUCCUGAUGCAAGUGCUCGUUCGCGAGCCGGUCGAUGAGGAACAGCAGCUGCGCCUGGACGCGUUUUCGGAGCGGGGCGUGGACUGGCCGCCCGAAUUCAACUACACCCUCUCCCCAGCAGCAAUUGAGGCAAUUGAGGCAAUAGAGGACCUCACCCACCAUCGGCCGCGGUUUGCACCGGAUAUGGGCAGCAGCGCGGCGCUGGCACUCGCAGCGCUCGGUGGCAGAUGCGCUGUUGACGGAGUGAAGGCAGGGGACGACGGCACCACACCACUGGCGCCCGUCAUCAUCAGUCGUACAGCCCAUCUCCUCAACGCCCACAUGUACGCCGAGUUCUUCCUGCGCCACGACGGAUACCAGGUACGUGCGUGCGGCGUGCAGCUGCUGCGAACAACACUGCGGAAGCAAACGCCGCACUCCCUCUCCCUCGACAUCAUGGAACGGCUCAUGCCAAAGACAACGGCGGAGAGCGGCGUGUCGGCGCUGCAGCGACUGGUUGAACACACGGCCACGUCGCCAACCAAACAAGCACGCGAUGAGUGCACAGCGACAAUACACAUGUACAUCCAGGCGUUUGCGGCAGAACCGCGCCACUGCCUGCUGUCCAUGCUGCUCGACUCGUGUCCGUUUGACCCCAUGUACCAGCUCCUGGUCAUGCUCCUCAAGUCGGAAGUUCUGUCCGCUCUUGGCGAUGAUGCAACGGACGACCAGCGCCGAUUCUUCACGGGCGGCGCUCUCUGGAGUCUGGUGUAUCUGCUCAUCAAGUCAUUUGACGCGGAGCGAACGGCCGUCAUUGCAGACAACUUCACGAAGUUGUCUGCCACACUGAAUCUGCUGUUGUUCAUGCUCAUGUACGGACCAACACAUGCCAUGGACCGUGUUGUCGCCGACGACGCCACAGGGGUGUGGCGGCACGGGGUGGUGGGCGAGCUCCAGUCGCUGUUUCUCGAUCCUUUACAGCGGCGCAUUGAAAAGACAGAGGCGGAGCUGCACGCGCGCAUCCACGACAUCAGGAAGGAGAGUGAUGGCGCCUCAGAGGGGAAUGCGCACGAGCACCAAACGUCGCCGUCCCUGCCAUCAACGCAGACACUCGACCUCAUGCAAUUUGCCACUCUGCAGGAUCCGCGGGAGCGACGACGACUGGAGCAGCAGGCGGCGUCACGCGAGCUGGGGCAAGUUGGUGUGCUCUCCUUCUUGCUGCAGAGAGUCAACACCGUCAUCAACCAGGGGCAGGCGCACCUGUAACUGUUUGCAGAUGUGCAGAUGUGCAGAUGUGCAUAAGCAAGUUAGCAGUACAUGCAUAAAUGAAGCAGUGUUGAUGUUGGGACAACAAACAAUUAAAGCGAACAAGGAGCGGGG